AACCGCUCUCCGCUCCCUGUCACGUGACGGCCUCCGUUAUUUCCUGCGGCAACGCUCUCGCUCUCCGCCGCACCACGCGCACAUUACUAUCACUUCAUACGUGCCAAGCGACAACGCUUCCGCCGCUCCUUUCGUUUCGCUCCGACCGCAACACGUCCGUUACCGUCAAACGCGUCGCGCAUACCGUUUUAAUCAACGCAGAAUCCUUUUCUGCUCUUUACAAGCCGCGUUGGGUUUGUUGUGCGUGUGAAGGCAGCCCGUUUUCUCAGCAAUGGCGACAGCUGCGGUUUCUGCCCCCGCCGGCGGCGGCCCGAACCCCGGAUCCGGUGCCGAGCUUGUCCGCGGUCAGCCUUUCGACGUCGGCCCGCGCUACAGCAACCUGUCGUACAUCGGAGAGGGCGCGUACGGCAUGGUUUGCUCAGCGUACAAUCGCGACAACAAAGUGCGUGUGGCCAUAAAGAAGAUCAGUCCGUUCGAGCACCAGACGUACUGUCAGCGGACGCUCCGCGAGAUUAAAAUCCUGCUCCGCUUCAAACACGAGAACAUCAUCAGCAUCAACGACAUCAUCCGCACCCCCACCAUUGACCAGAUGAAAGAUGUCUACAUCGUACAGGACCUGAUGGAAACAGACCUGUACAAGCUGUUGAAGACGCAGCACCUGAGCAACGACCACAUCUGUUACUUUCUGUACCAGAUCUUGCGCGGUCUAAAGUACAUCCACUCGGCAAACGUUCUCCACCGAGACCUGAAACCGUCAAACCUGUUGCUCAACACUACCUGUGACCUCAAGAUCUGUGAUUUUGGGCUUGCCCGGGUGGCGGAUCCAGACCACGAUCACACUGGGUUCCUGACGGAGUAUGUAGCCACGCGUUGGUACCGGGCACCAGAGAUUAUGCUCAACUCAAAGGGUUACACUAAGUCUAUUGAUAUCUGGUCAGUUGGUUGUAUUCUGGCUGAGAUGCUUUCAAACAGACCCAUCUUCCCUGGGAAACACUACCUGGAUCAGCUAAACCACAUCUUAGGUAUUCUGGGCUCGCCGUCUCAGGAGGAUCUCAACUGCAUCAUCAACAUUAAGGCCAGAAAUUACCUGCUGUCACUUCCUCUCCGAUGCAAAGUGCCCUGGAACCGCCUGUUUCCUAACGCUGACCCUAAAGCACUAGAUCUGUUGGAUAAGAUGUUGACCUUUAACCCUCAUAAGAGGAUUGAGGUGGAGGAAGCACUGGCUCACCCGUACCUGGAGCAGUACUAUGACCCCACAGAUGAGCCUGUCGCUGAGGCUCCGUUUAAGUUCGAUAUGGAGCUGGAUGACUUGCCCAAAGAGACUUUGAAGGACCUGAUCUUUCAAGAAACCGCACGCUUCCAGCCCGGAUACAGACCAUAGUCCCAUUCACAGAAAAACGACAGAUCAUAGACUACUGCACAGUUCUGGAUUUGAGCCGUCUCCACUCCACUGUGCGCUAUGGUCCUCUUUUGGUCAUCAUCAUCUUAUCUCCUCCUGAACCCCGAAACAUCAAAAGGCCCUUAAAGUUCAUCCUACUGCACUUCGCCUCCUGAGAUUGGCAGCAGAAAACACCUGGAUCCUCACUUUCAAUCUCUUCACAUCACGCAUCAUAAUAGAAGCGCAAAGCGUCUCUCACAUCUCUCUCCAUCUUCUAUCUACUCGCUUCUCCGUGUGAAUGUUUGCCUGUGUGUUUGUGGAUGUGAGAUGAUCGUCAAAGAUUUUGAUUUGAACCCUUUUUUCUCUAGGUCUAACCUCUCCUUAAAAAGUAUCAAGUCUACGAUCGUGCUAUUGUUGUGCUUCUAGCCUCCUGUUAAUAUUUCCAACAAGCUGCUUUUCUGAGCUGUCUGUAAGCCAUUUUAAGUCCCACAGAGGUCGAACUUAAGACAGGGAGAGAAUUAGCGCUCAGAGUUUCUCUAUUCAUGUAUUUAUGCAGUGGAUACUCGUCGAUCUACGUUGUGCAUCGCCAAUCUCCUCAAAGUGCACAGAGAUAUAAAUUCGCCACGGUGCCGUUCGAAGGUGUUGUCUUACGCAAAUAUGUAUCGGCCCCUUUACAUCUUUAUGAAUCUAUCAAAAACUCCCCAAUGAUGUGCCUUCAGGGGACAUCUCAAUGAAAUGACCAGCGCCUGUUUUAUCAUUUUAUUUGACAUUGAUUCUCAAUAAGUAAACCCUCAAGAGACAAAUCUUUUCAAUUUGCUUAAGCACCAAAGAAAAGACCGAUUCGAGGACGUUUUGCCACCUUGGACAGAAAGCCCUCAUAUUGCCUGACAAAAAAGGCAAAUGGCCAAAUGCAUGCAGGUGUAUGUGCAUCUUCAAAUCAGGUGUUCUUUGAUCUAAAAAUGCACGGAAAUGGACUUUAUCAGUUUAGCUAGCCGUCAUGGGAAGAAGAACAAUCGUACGUUUUCUUUUUUUGUGAUUAAUUGGAACGUUUUGAAUAUCAUUCAAAGAAGUCAUAUUAUUAUUCUGAACUUGUAUGAAAAUGACAGUGCCUCCUCAUCUGUAUUCAUUCUUUACUUGUUGUAUACUUCUUUUGCUUUCUCUGUGACAACCCCCCCCCACAACCCCUUCCCUCGCCUUGUAUCAAUAAGACUGUGCCCUUGCAUGACUGUUAAAAAGCUUCUAUACAAAGACAAUGGAAGUGCCACACAGCUGGGGAUUCUGCUAUUGGUCUCUCAGGUUUUUGUUAUACCUUACCUUUUGUGGUCUCACUCUGUAUAGAGAGUAUUAAGAGUUGAAAAAUACUUUCGCUUGCACGUUUUGGUUGCACUUACAAACCCGGGUUCCUUUCAGUGUUUGGUGAAAAAAAUCGAGGCCCGCUUUAGUUCCAGGUGGAAAUUAGGAGCAUCUAGCCGUUUCAACCACACAGUGUGUCCUGCUGGUGGUGCUUUAGGACCCAGGAGACGGAGAAAGUCUACCUGGUAGUUGCGUAACUGUUUUUAACAAAACAGAAUUAUGCGCAAUUUGGUGAGCGAGCUAGCACUUGCAAAAUGAAGCUCGGGGGGAGUGAAAGAAAUGUUAUUGACACUGAUGAAUUCAUAUAUGUGCAUGGCUUGAACACAGUGUUGCUUUCCCACACUGGCUUCCUCUUUGGUUUACCAGCCCUUCAUUACUUUGGACCGAGCGUAUGGCAAGUCGCCACCUAGUGGUUGCUUGGCCUAGUAUCAUAUUGUGGUCGAUCAAGGAGAGAACGGGCUGUUCUUUUAAAUGAAAAAAUGACUUUGUAAGAUAGCUUCUGCCGAAUCAGUGUGCAGUCUGUCAGUUUCUGUGUGCCUUUAUGCGUCUCGAAUAAUAAAAUUUAUUGUGCAGCUUUUCGUUGGGGAUCAGUUGUGACUUUGCGGUAUACUCUUGAAAUGAAAUAUAAAUAUAUA